AUGAGGAAACUGCUGCAGAGCUGGAGGCCCGGAAGCCAACUGAGAAUUAUCUUAGUGGGUAAAACUGGAGCAGGAAAAAGUGCAACAGGGAACAGCAUCCUCGGAGAGAAGGUGUUUGAUUCUCGCAUGGCACCAAAAUCCAUUACGAAGACCUGUAAGAAAGGGAGCAGGAUGUGGGAGCAAACAGAACUUGUCAUGGUUGACACACCUGGCAUUUUCAACACCGAGGUGCCAGAUGAUGACACAUGCAAGGAGAUUGCUCACUGCAUGGUUCUGACCUCCCCGGGGCCUCAUGCUCUGCUCCUGGUAGUUCCACUGGGCCGUUACACUGAGGAAGAGCGUGAGGCCACAGAGAAGAUCCUGAAGAUGUUUGGGGACAGGGCUAGAAAAUUCAUGAUUCUCUUAUUCACCCGAAAAGAUGACUUGGAGGGUACCAGUUUCUGUGAUUACCUAAGGGACGAUCCAGAGCACAUUCAAGAGUUGAUGGCCAAGUUUGGUGAUCGCUACUGUGUGUUCAACAAUAGAGCAACGGGUGCUGAGCAGGAGGCCCAGAGGAAGGAGUUGCUGACCCUGGUCGAACGCAUCGUGAGGGAGAAUGAGGGAGGAUUCUACACUAAUAAGGGGUACGAAAGGACUGAGCAGGAGAUUCAGAAACAAACCCAGGUGCUGCAACAACAUUACAGAGAAGAGCUGGAGAAGGAGAAAGCCCGUAUCAGAGAGGAAUAUGAAGAAAAGAUCAGAAACCUGGAAGAUAAACUGGAGCAGGAGAAAAGAAGGGCACAAAUGGAGAGGGAAUUAGCAGAAAACGAAGCUCUCUAUGUUGUAAAGCAGCAAGGUGCUAGAAGGGAGGUUGAAAGUCAGAGUCGGAUAGUUGAAAUAAUCUUGAAGGUGUUGAGUAUUGCUGCUUCCUUUGUUUUCUCAUGGUUGUUUAGGGAAGAUGAAAUUUAAUAAAAAAUUGUAUUUUCUGCAUAUUCUCUGCAAACCUUGCCCCAUUCCACUCAUUUAUCAAGGUCAGGGUGCUCCCAUUUCUAUCUCUCAGGCUCUCAGGACU